GUAUGAUCCGGAAUCUGAUAAUGUUGUUGUUUGCAUGGACUGUACAUUCAGCGAUCGACGCUGGCCACUGGGCAAAAUUGAGCAGCCAUUGCCUCUCAACAUUCUCCUCUACCGGUAUUUCGCGCAAUUUUUCCUGGAUGGUUCGGUUUGCCCUCGAUUAGCAAGCUUCACGGAUAAACUGUUGCUUUCGCCAUCAGCGAUGACCAAGUCAUGGGCCAAGUGCACAGUCGAGCACGUUUACUGGAUAUCUGGAAAAGCAGGAGCGAAUUUUUGUUGGACGAAUAUCUCGAGUGGCUUCCGCACUUCCUGCAUGAAAGCGUUCAAAUGAUC